GUGGUCAAGAUUAACUGAUGAAUUCCAGACAAAUAACAGAUGUCAACUAGGAAAUGUAUAUGUACUACAAAACCCUACCAAAACUAAUAAAAAUGGUAUUCGCAUAAAUUACAUUAAGUAUCAAUGAAAGGUUUUAAAGUGUAGAACUCUGUUACUAACGUCUUUAAAAAUGCCUUCAGUUGAAACAUUUUUGGCAUGCAUGUUUAUGGGUAAACUUAAAAAAAUAUAUGGGACAGGUCCACUGGAGCAGCAAUAUGAACCUUCUACCAUCGAAUAUUAUAGUGAAAGAUGUAUAAAUUCGUUUUAUGUAAUUUGGAAAUUAGGAAUAUAUACUUCUCCAGUUAUAGUAGGAUUUUUAUACCAACGGGGAUAUUUCGAACCAGAUGGACUUUUAACAUUAACAAAAUUAGUUACCACUGCUGGAAUUAUUGUAGUCAUGUCACUAUGCUUAAGAGGAAUUGGUAGGGCAAAUAAUCCGACAUACAUCAAAUUUCUAUCAACUGUAAAAAAUGCAGAAACAAAUAUGACACCAGCUACUAAACAACAAUUAAUGAAAUAUGAUUUUGACUUUAAAUCCUGGCCAGUGGAAUUCAGAUGUACAAAGGAUGCGAGUGAAAUGGGACAACAAUUACCCAAGAAAACUACAUACAAAAACAUAAUAAAUUGGGCAUGGCAAAUUCCUUACAAAAUUAUUGCUUAUCUUGCUAUCCAUACAUUUGGAAUAAGAUUGAUUUAUCCAGGAACUAUGGGUUUCUUACAAAUGAUAUUAGAACAAAGUCUUGUACAAGGAAGAGCAAAGUUGAUAGAGCAUUUUAAGGCUGAAAGAUUCAAAAUUCACACUGCAGAUGAUAAUUACAUUGACACUAUGUUUGUUAAUAAGAGAAAUAAUGCGCCCAAUGGCAACACUCUUGUCAUAUGCUGUGAGGGAAACGCUGGUUUUUAUGAAAUUGGUGUUAUGACAACGCCCAUUGAAGCAGGAUAUUCUGUAUUGGGCUGGAAUCAUCCAGGUUUUGCUAGCAGUACGGGUAGUCCAUAUCCGUCCCAAGAACAAAAUGCCAUACAUGCUGUUAUGCAGUUUGCUGAGCAAAAAUUAGAAUUCAAGAGAGAGGAUAUAAUUUUAUUUGGUUGGAGCAUCGGAGGAUAUACAGCUUCUUGGGCAGCUAUGAAUUAUCCUGAUAUUAAAGGAUUGAUUCUGGAUGCCACAUUUGAUGAUGUAUUACCUUUAGCUCUCAACACUAUGCCAGCUUGGUUGGAACCAAUAGUGAAGUUAGCUAUAAAAGAACAUGUGGAUCUUAACAUAGUUGACCAAGUGAUACGAUAUCCUGGCCCGUUAUUACUGAUUAGAAGAACCGAUGAUGAAGUAAUAUGCACUCGACCUGGUAAUAUCUCAACAAAUCGAAUCAAUAAUUUAUUGAUGAAAGUGCUUCGUUAUCGAUACCCCUUUAUUUUUGACGAAGCACAGAUACAGCUGAUAACUGAAUAUUUGGCCCUUACUUCACCAGCUUUCCAAGAAAACUUCUUGCAACGUUAUGGUAUAGACGAUGGGGUCUGUUAUUCUUCAUUGCAAUCCUAUAUAUCUGAAUAUUCCAAAAGUUAUCCAAUGAGAAUUGGUGAAGAUUGGAAGGAAACUGAUAAAUCUCAAAUGGCUCUUUAUCUGGUGAAGAAGUACAUGGUGGAUUUCAAAGGUACCCACUGUAUAAACAUGCCAUUGCAUUUAUUCCAGACUCCGUGGGAUGUAGCAGUGGAAAACGAUUUUGUAUUUAUGAAUAAAUAAUUGAUAUCUAAUUUGUAUUUGAUAUUUAUUUAAUGAAAAACGAAACUACUUAUCAAUUUAAAUUCAUGAUUGAUUAGAGUUUGUUUAGUGAUGUAUUUUGUUGGUUUAUUGAUUCUAUAUAAGUAAUGUAAAACAAUUGGGAGUAUAAAGAUGUUUAUAUUUUUAGAUUUAUGGAUAAUUAAUAAAAAUAUUGGAUUAUUUUGAAAA